UGUAUGUAUGUAUAUGUGUGUAUGUACUGGUAUUGAAAUAACAGUUACAGAGAGUUAAGAUUUUGGCCCAGCCCGAGGCCAGAUCAAUGUAAAGACCUGACAGUAUAUUAUGUUUGUAUAGAAUAAAAACAUCUGUAGUUGCAGAAUUACUUCCCUCCUGUUUGUUGCUGAAGAUAAAAGUCUGUUUUAUUUUGUCUCUUUUCAAAGGUGUUCAUCGGCAUGAAGAAGCAGCCAGUAGCUGUGCCUGCUUUUGCAUCCAGUCUGGGAAUGCUAGAGCCCACCAAAGACUCCGUACCAGCCGUGUGUCCUCCUGACACGCCGCAGCCCUCCACACGUUCUACAAAGGAGGCGCUUCCUUCCAGCCAGCUGGACUGGAGCAGCCGUGGCCUUAGCAGCUCUCAGGAUGGUACGUCCCCCCGCCGAGCCCCUCACUUCUGGGGCUGGAAGUAGACCUCCUCCUCCCCACUUCCUCCAGGGCAUGUUCUGCUUCUUCUUUUCUUUUCUUUAACGCCGUGUUUCCCUCCAGUCGCUCAGGAUUUCUUUCUCAUGAAUAACAGAGAUGGAUCCAGUGUUGAGAAGUCAUGUUUCUGUCUUUAUUAUCUGUCCAAGUUUGCAGAUUUAUAAAUAUCCAACAAGUAAGACAAGAACUUUACUGUGAAACAUCUACCGGGGGAAACACUGUGCUGGCUCCCUUCUGCCUCCUUCCUUUGUCUCCUCUCGUGUCCCAUCUUUACCUGCAGCCAGAGCAGAAUUGAUCUCAGUAUUUAUCAGUUAUUUUGGGGAAACAUUGAGGUGUUCAUCUCGACUUGGUAACACUUGGAUGUGCGUACUGUUACUCGCUAUGUGAUUAUUCUGGAAGUUGUUUAUUUAAAGUAGAACCAGAAUACCUGAAGGUAAUGCUGAAUAAAGCACGAAACACUAAAUUAAAUUAGCAUGGUCAUGAAAUGUGCCAUGACGAUCUAACGGUUAUCCAAAGAAGCAUUUUAAUAUAAUGUACUGGUGGACAGUUGGACUCUUCCAGUGUUAAUACUUCUCCCAGUGCAUGACUAUGUCACACUCAUCGAAAUGAUUUAUUUGACACAAAAGUGUCGAUUUAUUUGUUCAUAUUAGCUCGUAGAAAGGUUUUUGUUGAAGAGAAACCCAAAAGAUAACAAAACAGCAUCAGAGUCGUUCUUUGCUCAGGAAAUAUUUGAUUUAUUGAUAAUCAGAUUUGUGUGUUUUGAUCAGUAUUUACACAUAAAGGAUUGUAAUUCAUGACUGUUACAACAUGAGUGAGCUUCCUGUAUGCGGGCAGUCUUCUUUGGUCAAUUUAAUAUAAUUCUCUGGAGCUUCAUGUAUUUAUUUGUCAGUUAUUGAGAAAUGAUUAAGGAGCCUACCUCCAUCUAACAAAUACAAAUAAACAAAAGAGACAAGAACAAAAGCUUUUAAUAGGAAGUGUUUCAAGUUGUUGGUUUGUUGUUGCAGAUAACGUGCUGCUAGUCAAACUAUUUACAUAUUAAAUAUUAAUUGGCCACAAUCUGACACAACUAAUGUGUGCAGCUUAUUCUGCUGCGUGUUUUUAAAGAACACAAAUGUAUAAAGAAAAUCUUCUUGGCUUAGCCGUCACUCAUGAAGACAAACUGUCAAACCUAGAAAGAUAAAGAACAAGAAGUGUUAAGUCACUUUUUAACUUUGGGCUGUCGGUUCCAUCGACAUCUUUUUUUAUUAACGUCACCAGAAUAAAAGUCUUGAGUUGAGUCCACAUGUAUUAAAACAUUAACGUUUAGAUCCAGACUUCUGUUUCCAUGUUUUAAAGAGAGCGUUCAUGACACAUGAGCACAGACAGUGAUGUAAUACUGAGCAUGGACAGCAGGGGGCAGUGCUCUCUGUAGGAGGAGCUACAGGAACAAAUCAGAAGAAUUUAAAGUCAUUUACAUUCAAAUAAUCAGCAACUAAAAGAAAAGGAUAUGCACUUCAUACAUAUAUAUAUGUGUUGUAGUUUUUUAUUUCUUCUUUGGUUGGUCGUAUUAAAUCUGUCUUCAGGGUUUUUAUUCUGUGAUUAUGUUUAAUAUGUGGGAGAUUAUUGUCAUAAUAGAAAUAAUUGUUACUGCUGUCAAUUUAUGCUGUUUAUUUAUUUAUGUUAGCUCCCUGUGCACUGACUCAUAACACUUUAUGAGCAUGAAGCAUAAAGGAGUGUUUAUUUAAAGUGAAUCAUACCUGAAACUCACUCAGUAUUACGUUUCCAAUCAAAAGUGUUUCCACGACUGCAGCUAGUGUUUCAUAAUGAGUUGUGCCUUUAUGCAGCAAUUGUUUUCUAAAAACUUUAUGGUUUAUUAACAGAAAUCUUUCCUUUUUGCUCAAAUCCAGAUUUAAUUCACCGCAAUAAGGAACUUUAGUGAAUCCUUAAAUACUGAAAUAAAUCAGUCGAUCCUU